GGCCCUAUCUCGUUACACAGGGAGGUGCCCCGCAAGCUGGUGGAGGCCAGGGUGAGGGCCUCUGGCUGUUCCUCUUUGUUGGCCACUCUCUCCUCGUCUCUCACAUCUUCUGCCUCUACCAGGCUGUGGAGAAGCAGUCAUGCCUUACCUACAUCGGUCUCUGAGGCCCCAGCCACACCCAGUCCCUGGGGAUGCCCGGACCAUCCACUCUUCGGGUCAAAGCUUUGAACAGUUGAGGCAGGGUUGCCUGCAGUCAGGAACCUUGUUUGAGGAUGCUGACUUCCCUGCCAGCAACAGUUCCCUGUUCUACAGCGAGAGGCCCCAGGUCCCCUUUGUGUGGAAACGACCAGGGGAAAUUGUGCAAAACCCAGAAUUCAUUCUUGGAGGAGCCACCAGGACUGACAUCUGCCAAGGGGAACUGGGAGACUGCUGGCUCCUGGCGGCCAUUGCCUCCCUAACCCUCAACCAGAAAGCGCUGGCCAGGGUGGUUCCCCAGGACCAAGGCUUUGGCUCCGGCUAUGCCGGGAUAUUUCACUUCCAGUUCUGGCAGCACAGCGAAUGGCUGGAUGUCGUGAUCGAUGACCGCCUGCCGACCUUCAGGGACCGCCUGGUCUUCCUCCAUUCCGCUGACCACGAUGAGUUCUGGAGCGCACUGCUGGAGAAAGCUUACGCUAAGCUUAACGGGAGUUAUGAGGCACUGAAGGGGGGCAGCACCAUGGAGGCCAUGGAAGACUUCACUGGGGGUGUGGCCGAGACCUUCCAAAUGCGGGAAGCUCCAGAGGACUUCUGUGAUAUUCUGGAGAAGGCCUUGAAGCGUGGUUCCUUGCUGGGUUGCUCCAUAGAUAUCCUGGAUGCCUCUGAAUCUGAAGCCCGCACACCUUUUGGUCUCAUUAAGGGCCACGCCUACACUGUGACUGGGCUGGACCAGGUGAAUUUCCAAGGCCGGAGAAUCAAGCUCAUCAGAGUCCGAAACCCUUGGGGCCAGGUGGAGUGGACCGGGCGCUGGAGCGACAGCUCCCUCGAGUGGCACUCUGUGAACCUGGAGGAGCAGAAGCGCCUGGGCCACUCUGCACUUGACGAUGGGGAGUUUUGGAUGGCAUUCGAGGACUUCAAGGCCCAUUUUGACAAAGUGGAGAUCUGCAACCUCACACCUGAUGCCCUAGAAGACAAUGCCCUCCACAAAUGGGAGGUGACUGUCCACCAAGGAAGCUGGGUUCGUGGCUCCACGGCUGGUGGCUGCCGCAACUUCCUGGACACCUUCUGGACCAACCCACAGAUAAAGCUGUCCCUGACCGAGAGGGAUGAGGGCCAGGAGGGCUGCACUUUCCUAGCUGCCUUGAUGCAGAAAGACCGCAGGAAGCUCAAGAGGUUUGGCGCCAACAUGCUGACCAUCGGCUACGCCAUUUACCAGUGCCCGGACACCGACCAGGACCAGGAUGGACACCUGAGCAGGGACUUUUUCAGGUACCACGCCUCCCUGGCCCGAAGCAAGACGUUCAUCAACUUGAGAGAAGUGUCGGGUCGCUUCCAGCUGCCCCCAGGAGACUAUGUCCUCAUCCCCAGCACCUUUGAGCCGCACCAGGAGGCUGACUUCUGCCUGAGAAUCUUCUCUGAGAAGAGAGCAGUUACCUGGGACCUGGAUGAGAAUGUAGACAUUGAUCUUCCUGAGCCCCCAAAGCCAACUCCACAGGAGGAGGAAACAGAGGAGGAGAGGCAGUUUCGGGCCCUGUUCCAGCGAAUUGCCGGUGAGGACAUGGAGGUUUCUGCUGAGGAGCUUGAGUAUGUUUUAAAUGCUGUUCUGCAAAAGAAAACAGCCCUCAAGUUCAAGAAGCUGAGCCUGCUGUCCUGCAGAAACAUCAUCUCUCUGAUGGACACCAGUGGCAAUGGGAAGCUGGAGUUUGAAGAGUUCCGGGUAUUCUGGGACAAGCUGAAGCACUGGAUGAACCUGUUUCUCCAGUUCGAUGUGGACAAGUCUGGCACCAUGUCUUCCUAUGAGCUGCGGACCGUGCUGAAAGCCGCAGGCUUUCAGCUGAGUGGCCAUCUCCUGCAGCUGAUCAUCCUCAGGUACACAGACGAGAGUCUCCAGCUGGACUUUGAUGACUACCUCAACUGCCUGGUGCGGCUGGAGAACGCAAGCCGGGUGUUCCAGGCUCUCAGAGUAAAGAACAAGGACAUCAUCCAUCUCAGCAUAAACGAGUUCAUCGCCUUGACCAUGAACAUCUGAGAUUGCACCGGCGUGCCAUCUGUCCCUCCGAUACCCAGCUUCUACACCAUCAGAGUUCGGAUGUUUACUGGAAGGCCGUCCUCCCCACUGCUCUCUCCCUGCCUCUCGCCACCCCCACCCCCGCCCCUCUCACCGCAAUCUGGAAGAAUUUAAAAGAAUUGGUUGUGUUUUCUGAUUCUGAUACUUCCCGUAAAAAUCAUUUCUUCACAAGAACCAAUGGUGCCGGUGUGCCUGUUGUUAGGUUCUCCUCAUUCUCCUGCCCCCACCGCUGACUGGUCAUUCAGUGUUCCAGUAUCUGAGUUCCUGGUUUCAGCAUGCUCCAGUCAUGCUACUAACACACACACACACACACACACACACACACACACACACACACACAAUGUUUUCCUUUUUUUUCAUUCAAGGAGAGAUUAGUGAAGAUGUUUAUCUCGGGUGGAAGAAAUGGAGCCUGCUGAUGCUGAGAGUCUGAGAUAUUAUGGAGCAACCUGGAAAUUAUUCUGCUAGUACUGUAGGUGACUAUUGGCACUGCUGUGGUGUGUGUUAUAUGCUUAUGCCUGUGUGUGUGCUGCUCAUGCACAGAGAUUGGAGGACAACCUCAGGUGUCCAUUCCUCAACCACUAUUUGUCUUGUUUUUUAAAUAGUUUUAUUUAUUCUCUUUUAAAUUCUGAGCAUACACGUAUGUGUAGGUGCGCCUGAGUGCAGCUGCCGUCGGGAGCCAGAAGAGGGUGUCAGAUCUUCUCUAGCUGAAGUCUCAGGCGGUUGUGAGCUGGGCGGCAGGGGUACUAGAGACCUGGGUCCCCUGCAAGAGCAGCAUGGGCUCUUGCCUGCCAAGCCCUCUCUUCAGCCAUCCCAUCCUGGGUUUUGGUUUGUUUCGGGCUGUGUUUGUUUUUUGUUUGUGAGGCAGGGUCUUUCACUGGGCUGGAACCCACCAGAUGGGCUAGGCUGGCUGGCCAGUGAGUCCUAGGGAUCUGUCUGUCUCCACCCCUCCAGCGCUGGGCUUCAGAUAAGUGCACACCACCGACUUUGCCUUUUUUAAAAGGAGGCUUCUGAGGAUUAAACAUAGAUGCUCUGGCUUGAGGGGCAAGCACUUUAUUCACUAAGCCGUCUCCCAGCCUUUUCAUUCUAAUUUUUAAGAGUAUUUGUUAUUUACUUACUAAAUGAGAUGUCUGUGUGUAACAAGGUGCAGGUGAGUGCAGGUGCCUCAGUGGUCCAGAAGAGGGCGCUGGAUUCCCUGCAGCUGGAAUGAAUUACAGGCAUCUGGGAACUGCCUGAAGUGCAUGCUGGGAACUGCACUCUUUUAAAGAUAAAGUCUCACUUAUGCAGCUCUGGCUGGUCUCAAACUCAGAGAUCCAUCUGCGUCUGUCUCCGCAGUGCUGGAAUUAAAAGCGUGCCCCCAGACCUGGCCAGCCCUGUUAAUUAUAGGCCAGUUUUCCAGCCAUCACUACCUAAACAUUUUUUCCUCUCUAUUUGGAGAAAUGACUCGGUGGUUAAGAGCAAGAACUGCUCAUGUCAAAGAUGAAAGUCGAAGUCUCCACACUCACAAGGGGGCUUCACGGUCACCCGCCAUCAAUGUUCACUCCUCAGAGUGGUCUCUAGGCUUGACCCCACCACAGCCCUGCCGUCAGACCCAAAGAACACACACGCGAGGCAUAGAAACUGUCUCUGCAGGUCCUUAGACUUUUUUCCUUUGGGCUAUGCCUGGUGCAAGAUAUAGUACCAACCCCUGGUAUUUGAAAUUUGAAGUUGGCUCCAAAUUCCCCCAAAUCCUAUCCCCUUAGAUCCUUGUGGUCCACUGAGAGGCCAGGGCUUGAGAAAAACAGGGCAUGUGACUUGGGCAAUAGUACCAAGUUCACUGGUGCCAGUCCAGUUCUGGGCCCUGAAUCUUUGGUGAGAACAAGGCGCCAUUCUACCGAGAGCCAAGAAUGCCUGCCAACUGCCAGGGUGAAGGCUACCCACCACCACAGCUGUGAACCGGUAGUAGGCUGUGCUGGCUACCAGUGUGACGUGGGCAUGUUCCCAGCCCUUGAGCUUUUCAGAAGGGAGAAAGAGAAGGAGAGGAGAGAGCUCAAAAGACUUUCAAGGCACCUGAAAUGCAUUGGAACACUCCCGGGGACAGAGCCAGGUUCAUUGUCCGCAGGGCUAUGCCGUGAGGGGAAGCUUUGUUCCUUCCAAUGAGAGAGAACAUCCAGACAGGCACUGGAGCCUCUAGGAGCAAAUACAAGAUAGUGCAAAAGAAGCAGCCUUGAAUUCAGUGCUCCUGUGCUCUCUGAGACCUCAGCCACGCCACUCUGAAGUCCUCAAGCACAAAGGCUUGAAGGCCAAGCCAGGGGAGGUGUCUCCUGGUCUAACUGAGCGAUGGAGAUACUGGGAAGAAGGGGGAGAGAAUUUUCUCCAUACUCAGAUAGCUGAGAGUAGUGCCUAGGGAAGACGCCUAAAAAGAUAUCACACAGAGAACCUGGCUUUCAGAAGUGUCUCAACUCUCUCCUUCCUUUCACAAUCCCGGAACUGCCAUCUUAGGAGUUUGCCAGAUUUAUUCACUAUAUGGACUUAGUUCUCUUGUCCCCCAGAGUCUGCCUCCGGCAUUGUGGGUUUAUCCCCAGGGUCGUUUCCCAUCGCUCUUCAUCAGGGCAGCUCCAGCCACCUGAAGCAGGAACGUCCGUGAGAUCCACGGGAGGGUUACAGCCACAGCCCCCGAGCAAGUCCCCUCUGUGACACUGAUCCUUUUCACGCCCUGGCUGUCGCCUGCCUCCAGCCCCUCUCUCUGGUCCCCUUGGCGCAUUCACCUGCCUCUGCCCAGUUUUCCUGGGUGUUCCUCUCAGCCCCUCUGCAUUUCUGGUUAAAUGUCCUGUAGCUUAGGUCACCAUUCUGCUGUCCUCUGGUGCGUGAGCUUCCCUGCUCCCUGUCUAUACGCCACAGGAGAGGAUAUGUGUCUGCAUUUCCAUCCCUCACCCUGUGGAGUCAUACUGGGCACCUCUGCCUCAGCCCCUCCACCUUAGCUUUUGAGACAGAGUCUCUCUCUAAAUUUGGAACUUUUCAUUUGAACUAGAUUAACUGGCCAAUGAGCUCCCAAAUCCACCUGGCUCUGCCCCCAAGAGCUGGGAUUAUACAGCUUUUGUAUGUGUGCCGGGGAUCGAAUUUAGCUCCUCCUCAGGGCUUGCACGGCAAGCCCUUUACCACUGAGACCCUUCAUUUCUACCGUCUUAAUACUUUAUAGUAAGGAUUAAAUUUCAACACCAGAAAUCUUGGGGCACACGUUGAAACCACAGAUUCAAUACAAGGUAUAACUUCUAGAUGGUUCUUCCUCCUUUCAAUAUAUUGAAGAUGCUGCUCCAGUUUCUCAUAGCUCAUAUUUCUGAUGAGACAUCUGUUAUCCUGACUCUUGUCCCUCUGUGUGCACUGCGUUCUUGAGGUCGGGCUUCCUUAAACAUCUCCACCCUACAGCAGAAGCAAGAUGAGCUCCUGUGUUCUCUGUACUUGCUGUCCACUGAAGUUCCUGGGUUUCUGUUUGUUUUUAAGUGUAUGGCUUUUAUUAAAG